GGGGCGGCCAUGUCCGGGCUGGCGCGGGCCGUGCGGCGGGUGGCUCCGGUCGGGCUGGCGGCGGCCCGGCACGGGGAGAGCGGCGGCGGGCGGCGCUGGGGCUGGGGGCUGGCGCUGGGACUGGCGCUGGGCGUGAAGGCGGCGGCGGACGGCGGGCCGGAGGAGGUGCCGCAGGAGGUGCCGCGUCGGGGCUUCGGAGCGGCCAUCGAGAGGAGCCGGGAUCUGCUGCGGCGGAUCAAGGAUGAAGCGGGCAUCCCGGGCAUCCUGGUCGGGGUUUCUGUGGAUGGAAGGGAGGUCUGGUCCGAAGGUUUGGGUUACGCCGACGUAGAGAAUCGUGUGAUGUGUAAGCCAGAGACCAUCAUGCGAAUCGCCAGUAUUAGCAAGUGUCUCACCAUGAUGGCUGUUGCUAAGCUGUGGGAAGAGGGGAAGCUGGACUUAGAUGCUCCAGUGCAGAAAUACGUCCCUGAAUUUCCAGAAAAAGUCUACGAGGGUGAAAAGGUCACUAUUACCACAAGAUUGCUAGUCUCACACUUGAGUGGGAUUCGUCACUAUGAAAAAGAUAUUGCAAAAGUAAAGGAAGAAAAGGAAAAGGCAAACAGAGCAGUUAAACUAACAAAAUCCGGCCAAGAUAAAGAACAGAAAGAGAAAGGUGGCGAAGGCAUUGAAAAGACUGAUUCUGUCAAGUCAAAGAAGGAACACGAAGGUGAAGUAAGAAGCCGAAAUUCAAAACCUGGCAGGAGAGACAAGGAGUUUGAACAUGAAGAGUAUUAUUUGAAGGAAAAAUUUGAGAGUGUGAUUGAAUCGCUGAAGAUAUUCAAAAAUGAUCCUCUAUUCUUCAAACCAGGUAGCCAGUUCUUGUAUUCAACAUACGGCUUUACCCUCCUAAGUGCUGUUGUGGAGAGAGUUUCAGGGCAGAAAUUUACAGAUUACAUGCUAAAAAUGUUCCGUGACUUGGAUAUGCUGUCAACUGUGCUGGAUGACAAUGAAGCAAUGAUAUAUAACAGAGCAAGGUGUUACGUUUACAACAAAAAGGGACGUCUGGUAAACGCACCGUAUGUGGACAACUCUUACAAGUGGGCUGGCGGAGGCUUCCUGUCAUCAGUGGGUGACCUUCUGAAAUUUGGAAAUGCCUUGUUGUACAGUUACCAAGCUGGACAAUUUAGAAACACUGAUGGCAAGCUUCUGCCUGGGUACCUGAAACCGGACACGGUUGCAAUGAUGUGGACCCCAGUGCCAAAAACUGAAGUAUCGUGGGACAGGGAUGGUAAAUAUGCAAUGGCUUGGGCUGUAGUAGAGAAAAAACAACAGUGUGGCUUUUGCAGGCGACAGAGACACUACGCAUCUCAUACAGGGGGUGCAGUGGGUGCGAGCAGUGUUCUCCUGAUCCUUCCUGAAGAGUUGGACUCUGGAGCUGAAGAUGCUGCAGUAGUGGCACCACCUAGAGGAGUAAUUGUUAGCAUUAUCUGUAAUAUGCAAUCUGUUUCCCUCAACAGCACUGCCUUAAAGAUUGCAAGGGAAUUUGAUAAAGAAAAACGGGCACAGUAUAUAGAUUCAAAAAAGAGAGAUGAAUAAGUGAACUUGAAAUAAGUUGAGUAAGUGAACGUGAGAAACAAAUGGAAACAAAGAUCAAACUGGGCCCUGAGAUCCCAAAGAACAGGUGAGGAAAAAGCAUCAGCAGUUCACUGAAAUUCUGCUGGUGGUGCCACACUUGAGUGUAACUGGAAUUCAUCUCUCAGGGAAGUUCCUUACAGGAAAGAAGAACAUCACAAGCAAAUCUGACUCCCUGUACUAACUGUGUAAACUCUCAUUUUAGUAGUGGGGCUUUUUUCCUCAUCCAGAUCUUUGACCAACAUUCAAAAAAUAAAAACAAAACAACAACAGCGGCCGAACAAACAGAGCGUUGCUUUCUCGUGUUGCGUACAGCAGCAGAUGGUCUGCCUUAAGUGCUGAACUUUUAAAAGACCUAAUUCAUUGAAAUCCAGAUCUGCCAAAACAGUAAAAUCAAAAUGGCUUUACUGUUGACAAAAUGAGUUUUUACAUACAGCUUUUUUUUAAAUUUGAUUAAAAAGCAAAAAAUAAAGCUACCUCCGGAAUGAAGAUUCCCAUCAAGUGCAUUUUUGUCAGAGCUGUGUACUGCUAAGAAUUGGAAAAGGAUGGGCAUAGAGUCCUGUGUGUAAAAUCAUGUUCUUUAGAUACUCAGUGCCAUUCUUUGUUAGACAUAAAACGUGACAUUGCUGUACUGUGAAAAUAAAGGUGGUAUUUCACAGCUCCAUGUACCCAAGUAGCACAGCUGAGCUGUCAGGCAACCUUACUGCUGGAUGAUACGUGUGCUAGCUCUGGGGGCAGCAGCUGUAGCCAACAGCUGGAAAUGGCACUGUAUUCUGGAAUGCAGCUUUUCCUUUUGUUCAGGAAUUAGGAACUGAAAUAACUCAGUAAAAUUUCAAGCCCAUUCUCAAAGCCAGUAGUAGAAGUCUGAUGCGCUUUGAGGUUUUGUUUGUGUGUUUGUCUUCCCCAAACCAUCCUUUUUUCUAUUUUGGACAUCUACCUCACGGCGUUACUUUUGCACAGGACUGAACAAGAAAUUCUGGCAGACUUCCAGAUAAGCAGUACCUAAUCUUCAUGUUUUCAGUAGAAAUACAGUAACAGCUGAUGAUGCUUAUUUGAUGUAUUCCAUAAUGGCAUGCGCAGUCUCUGUCAUCUCCAAGACUCCACUUCCCUGUGGUUACAUCAGACAGCAUUUCCACGUUGAGAUGAAACAAACCAUCCUGCAGAAGGAGUUCUUGUGCUUGAGACCCUGCACUGUUUAGCAGUUCUGCCUCUGAAUUUAAGGAGCAAAAUGUUUUGAGUAAUAGUUGAAAGAAGGUAGCCUUACCUUCAUCUCUCCCGAGCUAGUGUUUUUAGUAUUAACUUCAUCCUGCUACCUGCCACAUGAUGCAAUGCCAUGCUGUCAGCUCUGUUAUCAUUAUGCCUGUGAACAUUUUUGGCUAAGACUGACAAAUGAAGAAAUUUAUUAUUUUUUGGUGUCAGUGCUUUACCUGCACUGGCAGUAGGGCUGCUUUAGGACUCUUCAUAAUUAUAAAUAAUUGUUCCUGUGCCUUAAAACAGUAAAAGCUUACAAACUGUUUGCUUGGCUUUUCUGGCCCACCAAAAUUUUACUUCGUAUUCAUGAGUAAUGGGUUGUCUUGGUAUCUCAUGCAUAUGGGAUCAGUACAGAAGAGAUAAGCAAACCUUUUGGAACAAGCUCAUUUGAUGAGGCAGUAUAUUCACCUACUCUCACUGGGGUCUCUAAUGCUGUUUGACAAUUCAAGACAGGGGUACUGGAGAUGAACAUCUACAAUGGCAACAUUGCUUUUUCCAGUCUUGAGCACCUGCUAGCUGGCUAAACAUGCAGCAGCAGAAGUCAUUGCCAAUUUUCCACAGGGAACAAGAGUAGGUAAGUAGUUCUGCGUUGCUUUCAAGUUGAAGAAUACGUGAACUGAAGUUGACAAAACAAAAUGUUUUAGAUAUGGAAACCCUGAAAAGUAACACCACUGCUUUAGGAUCUGGAGCAUGUUUUCUUGUAUGAUGCAUUUAUUUUGUGAAUGGCAUUUAACAUUCUCGAAAACCAUUUUGCGUAUUUCAGAGACAAGUUUCACUAGCUGACCAUUGUGAGAGAGUUUAGAGAAAAACCGAGCAUGAGGAAGGGAUCGGUCUUGUAUUAUGCUUUUCUACAUAUGACCAAACAGUAAUCAUAGAAUAUCCUGAGUUGGAAGGGACCUGCAAGGAUCAGUGAGUCCAACUCCUGGCUCCACACAGGACUGUCCAAAAAUCAGUCCGUAUGUCUGAGAGUGUUAUCCAGUCACUUCCUGAACUCUGGCCAGUUGGGUGCCAUGACCACUGCCCUGGGCAGCCUGCUCAGUGCCUGACUGUCCUCUUGGUGAAGAACCUCCAACCUGACCCUCCCCUAUUGCAGCUACUUGCUGUUGUCUUGGGUUCUUGGGAUUGAUGAGCCACUAACUUUUUGUAUGCAAAGACCACAUAGCUUUUAUGUCCUAUAACUUAAGACUUUAAAGGUCUGCUGUCACAUGUACAGCUCUGUAAAAUGUGAAAAUGUUAGGAAGUCUACAUUUCAUCUUCCAACACAUGUAGCAAAAUGUGUCACUGACUUUCUCUGAUACGGCACUUAAUCACAAAUCUUACAUUUUUAUGUGUUGGGUAAAGGUAGGAGGAGAGCAGAAAUAGAGGAGACCAGGUGUCAGUCUGAAUUAGCACAAAUGGCCAAGUCACAGUAUUGCUGUCAUCUUUAGUGUGAAGCCACUCAUUUGACGCACUGGCAUUAAAUAUAGAAAACUGGUCAACUAAGAGCAACUUAGGUGACUGACACCUUCUUAACUUUUACUGUGCAAACAGUGUGGCACUAACAUGAACCUGUUCUGUUCUUAAAGGCAUGCAUGCUAAAUUGGUACGUCUGUUUCUGUAUCAAACACCUAAUUCUUACAUCUGGUAAUUAUCAGUGUUUGCUAUUUGAAUUAAGUGAAAUAAAACAGCUUGCAAAUGCA